AAGAGAAGAGGGGAAGAGGAGAAGGGACGGAGAGAGAGAGCGGGGGGAUGACUACAUGGAAAAAGGGAAAACAAAACAACAAUCAUGACUCCUGUAAUUCAUCCUACGUGUUUUAUAAAUCACUAUGUUUGGUCUGUUCACCUACACAGUUUGCCGCAAUAAAUGACGAGCCUCCCCGAUAAGUGUAAGCUGGCUUGAGAGAGAUGUCAUCCCCGGGCAUGGGCACCCCCAGUGACCCCCUUUUGGCCAGUCCAGGAGGGAGGUUAUCCACAGCUCAGGAAGGGAUCUGGAGGAGCUCACUCCCCAAAACUGCCAGCUUCCCGACGUCCACCACUCGGCACCUCAGUCAUCGGGCAAACAACUUCCAAAGACAGCCAAAGCGUCGGAAGCUGAUAAGACCUUCACCACCUCCUCCGCCCAACACACCCUGUCCCCUAGACCAGCUGGACCUUAGUGAGCUUCCCCCGAGGCGUACCUUCCAAGAGCUGCUCUUCAAUGGCUGCAUCCUGUUUGGUAUUGAAUUUAGCUAUGCCAUGGAAACAGCUUAUGUGACUCCUGUGCUUCUGCAGAUGGGCUUGCCUGAUCAAUUCUACAGCUUGGUGUGGUUUAUUAGUCCCAUACUGGGAUUCCUCGUUCAGCCUCUCAUUGGAGCGUGGAGUGAUCGUUGUACGUCCCGAUUUGGGCGAAGAAGACCCUUUAUUUUUGCCUUGGCUAUAGGUGCUUUGCUUGGCCUAUCCCUGGUGCUGAACGGGCGGGACAUUGGAGGUGCGCUGGCUGACACGGCAACAAAUCACAAGUGGGGAAUUAUCCUGACUGUGUGUGGUGUGGUUCUGAUGGACUUCAGUGCUGAUUCAGCAGACAACCCGAGCCAUGCCUACAUGAUGGAUGUGUGCAGCCCAGAGGACCAGGAUCGGGGGCUGAACAUCCAUGCUCUACUUGCAGGACUAGGAGGUGGAUUUGGCUACAUUGUAGGCGGCAUCAACUGGGACCAGACACAAUUUGGAAGAUCAAUGGGAGGUCAACUGCGCGUCAUAUACAUGUUCACGAGUAUCACUUUGGUGAUUGCCCUAGCCAUGACUCUGAUGAGUAUCCCCGAACGGCCCCUACCAAAGAGUCAGCCGAACAAAAACUCCAGCAAAAAUCAUCUAAAAAGCCCCAGCCUCCCUCUCCCUCCCUCUCCCCCUGUUCCCCCAGGAUCAGCUUUGGGACUUGAUGAGGAAGAUGAGGAUGGCCUUUACAGCUACAAUUUCUCUAGAAAGUCUCAGCCGUGUAACUCUGACCCUCUGGCCCAUUCUUGCAGUGCCAAUGCACGCCUCUGUGCUGGCCUCACUAGCCCGAUAUCGCCCCUGAGCCCCCUCACACCAAAGUAUGGCAGCUUUAUAAGUAGGGACAGCUCGCUCACUGGCAUUAAUGAGUUUGCCUCCUCAUUGGGAACCUCUUAUAUAGACAGUGUGCUCAUAAACUGCUACACAGGUCAGCAGACAGCACAGGUCCUGGCCUCCAACUCCACCACUGUGCCCCUGCCUCCGGGCGACUCCCCUCCGCCUGACGAGUCCACACAGGGGGCAGGGAGCCAUUCUGUGGGACAGACCCAGGCUGAUGUGGUUUCUCAUCCAGCUGGGGAAGCUCAGGAUGCAGAAGUGCCACAGCCCGAGGAAGAUGGAGCAUCUCAGGUCAAAGCUGGGGCUCAGCCUGGUGCAGGGUCACAUCGUGGCUCUUCUGCUGGUAUCCUGAAGCGACCCCAGAGUCUUGCACUAAUAGAGGAGCCCAUGGCAACCCAGAUUGUUGGGCUGGAGAACGGACGCAGGAGAACAGUGACCUUCAGUCAGCAGGUUGCAAACAUUUUGUUGAAUGGGGUGCGCUACGAGAGUGAUCUGAGUGAGAAUGUGGAGACAGGAGAAUCCCAAAUGUCCAUGAAGCUGCUGUGUAUAGCCAUCUACAGGAUGCCUCCGUCUUUGCGGAGCUUAUGCACUAAUCAUUUUUUGGGCUGGCUGUCCUUUGAGGGCAUGCUGCUCUUCUACACUGACUUCAUGGGAGAGGUUGUGUUUGAAGGAGACCCCAAGGCACCCCAUGACUCUGAGGCUUACCAACGCUACAAUGCUGGUGUCAGCAUGGGCUGCUGGGGCAUGUGCAUCUAUGCAUUCAGUGCUGCUUUCUACUCAGCCAUACUGGAGAAACUGGAGGAGCGUUUCUCUCUUCGCACUCUAUAUUUUUUUGCCUACCUGGCGUUUGGUUUGGGCACAGGCCUGGCCACACUAUCCACCAACCUCUAUGUGGUACUUUCCCUCUGUGUCACCUAUGGGGUGCUGUUCUCCUCUCUAUGCACGCUGCCUUACUCUCUGCUAUGUGAAUACUACCAGAGCCCCCAGUUUUGUGGCUCAUCAGAGGAAGGGACCAGACGAGGGAUGGGGGUGGAUAUCUCUCUGCUCAGCUGUCAGUAUUUCCUGGCUCAGAUCCUGGUCUCUGUGGCGAUGGGACCUCUGACCUCACUGGUGGGUGGGGCCCAGGGAGUGAUGUACUUUUCAAGCCUGAUGUCAUUCGUGGGCUGCCUGUACUCCUCUCUCUGCGUGGUGUACCAGCUUCCCCCCCCAGAGGGUGAGCCCCCCGAAAGCGAGACCCAGCCACUAUUAGUACACAUUUAGAAAAGCCUCUUAAUUUACUUUACCUCACACACGCACACACACACUCAUGCUUAGUGUCCAAGUGUGUUGACCUUCACAGCACUGACAGGACAAACACUGCACACCCUGCCGCACAUUGUACAGCACAACUCCAUAUAUUGUUUCACACUGAUCAGCACUGUUCUUCUCAGAGCUAGACAGACAGACAGACAGACAUUGGCCACUGCUCUAAUAUGUGUGUUCAUACAGUGUGUGUGCCCAUGCAUUUUGUCCUAACUUUUGCAAACGAAUGUGUGACCUUUCUGAAUGCAGUGUGGGACAAGUUACUUUGUGUGCGUAUGAUAGGGAGACUGUGAGUGACCUCUCUGAGUAUAGAUAAGCCUUAGCUGAUCUUCUGUCUGAUUCUUUGCUAUAUAAUCUUGCAUCAUCUUUUCUUGCUUGUUGGUGUUUAGUAUAGAAAUAAUGAUCACUACCUACAGGCUAACCACAGCUUUCCCCCCUCUUUUUCUUCCUUUUAUCUGUUGCCUAACGUCUGCAUGAGCUGCAAUGUAAUCUCUCAAAGCCUUAUGUUAAUGUUUUGUUUUCGGUCAUACGGCCAAGGGAAUGUCUACCUGCCUGUUUCUCUGAGUUAGCAUAUUAGCAUCACACCGUAUGCAGGAUUUUCUGACUAAAUGAAUGUGCUGCCAGUUACAACUCGCACUCACCAUCUAUGCUUCUUCGUUAAUUGAGGAGCUCUAAAAACCCACGCAAAAUUCACAUUAAGCUUAACAACGCUUAAUCACAAUUAUAGUCUGGAAGGGCUUCACGUUUACACAUUUUAACAGCAAAUAAAAACAACACUUUCCACACAGUCUAGUCAUCAUGACACUUACCAGUGUGCAAUCCUCACAUUUCACAGUUAUGUGCUGGGUUAAUUAAGUUCCAAGUCCAGUGCUAAUUAAGUACUUAAUCAGCAUAGAGCCAUGACUAAUAGGAUGACACACACACACAUGUUCAUACACAAACUUUCAAAAACACAGAGAAAUGUGUACUGGUGGCAAAUUCUGUCUGGGCCCUCACUAAGCCAUGGACAGCUGUUGAGCUGUCAGCCUACUCCCGGCCAUGCCAUUGUAAUAAUGACAGUGAUUCUUGUCAUUAUCAGGAAGAGGAGAAGUUGAAACUGGGGUGUGAAUCAGCAUUCAGUCGGAAACCCAACAUAACAGAAGAGCAGCAAACAGGGAGAAGACUCAUGUGAACUAUGGGGUUACCCUGAAGGUGGACAACAUUCAAAAAAAAAAGACUGGGGGUUCAUGGAGCCAGCAGCAAGUGCUUUUUGUCAUCAUUAGGGCGCAUGAUUACGUUAGAAGGCUUCUGCUCCACCAUGCUCAGCCCAUCAACUGAGUAUAGCAUAUACCUUACAUCUGUUAGCAAAAUUCUUCACAGGAAGAUUUCAUCUUCAUUCCCUUUUUCCACCUUGGAUCGGCAAAAUGGUACAUAUUUUUUGUUUACAUCUGUUGUGCCAUGGCAAACAGUAUGCUUUGUCUUUUCAGCCUCAACAGCGCCAUCAAGCCUGACUUCAGGGCUUUAACACAAGGUCAACUUUAUAAUCUGUUUCAAGCCCACCAUUGUGAUUGUUUCAUUGACUAGCUCACACUCUGAAUACCAUUAUGGUGCAAGUCAUAAUUGCCAUCUCAGCAGAACAUCAAUAGUUACCCACUAUUAAAGCCUCCUGGACAGACUGGAUGCACACCGUGCUAACAUUUCUGAGGAAACACUAACUGUAAGGAUCAUGCUGUUGCAGCUUGCUUGCAAAAAAGCAAAACACUGGUUUGUGUUAUAUGGUACCACCUAUUGCUUAAUAUUGGCAGUGUUACUGUAAAAGCAACUCUGAUUCAGGGUUCAGUUAAAACUAAAAUGAUCAUUUUGCCA